UAAUACUACCCAAUGCAAAAGUUACGGUUCCCUAAACCCCAAAACACAGAACAAAACGCUUCCACUAAAAAGAAUCUCUGCACAGAGAGAUAACCACUCCAUCAUUUCGCUUUCUCUCUAGAAACCACCAUCCAUAAUCUCUCCUCCUCCACCACCACCGCCGCCGGAGGCAAGAUGGAGAUCCAAGAAAAGCUACUAAACUAUAAAUACCAUAUAGCCUUUAUUCUAACUCUCUCUCUCAUAACUUUGUCUUCAAUCUUUCUUGCACCAAGUUUUGUUACAAUCUUGGCCUACUUUUGGCCUCUGUUUCUCUCCACAGCUCUGUUUCUUGGUGCUGUCGUUUUCUUUGGCAAGACUUCUUUAGCAGGAACUGAAUCUUCAGGUGACAAAGCUGGUGAAGGCCUCUUGGACUAUGUUGCUGGGCAACCUGAUCAAGCGAUAGAAAAUUUCAAGUCUCAUGAGUAAAGAAGAGAUUAGCUUUUUUUUUUUUUUCUUCUUCUAAUUGUAAUCUUUUUCUAACUUUAUCUUUCUUUUUAAUUUUCUUGGAAAAAUCUUCCCUUUAGUUUGUAGCUUACAAAAUGUGAACUGUAAAUUAUGGGAAGAGUUUUCCUUUUUGUUUUUUUUUUAGUGUUUUAUCAGUAGUUAUGGAUAAUGAAAUCAAAACUGAUCUCUGUCUCCUCUCUUUA